GAAAUGGAGUGAUCGUACUGUAAAAUAUGGAAAUUUCCGCCAACAAGACAAGUAGAAAUGACAAUGGAAGGUCUCUCUCGUCGUCUUCUUCUUUUCUUUACACAAACCCUUCUCGCUUGCUACCUGAACUAUAUCAAUUUCUGAUUAAACAAACUUCUUCUAUGACUCAACCCUGUUUUUCUACAAUUCUCAGCAGGAAGAGGGGAUACCAACUUCCCCGCUUCCAGUUUUCUCGGGUGGGUACUUGAGACUUGAAGUAGAUACAACGUUGGAGUUGUUGAAGAUUUUGUUUUUGAGUCAAGUAGCUGAAUCAGUAGAUUAUUCGAGGCUUGUAUGUUGAGGGGAAUCGGAAGACAUGGGAAUUUCAGACAAUGGAAAAGGAUUGAUCCUGGCCGUUGCGUCAGGCUUGUUCAUCGGUUCCAGUUUUAUCUUGAAGAAGAAAGGUCUUAAGCUGGCUGCUGCUUCUGGCACUCGCGCUGGAGUUGGUGGUUACACAUAUUUGUUACAACCUCUUUGGUGGGCAGGAAUGAUGACUAUGUUCGUUGGAGAAGUUGCAAAUUUCGUUGCUUACAUUUACGCACCAGCAGUUCUGGUGACUCCACUCGGUGCAUUGAGUAUCAUAGUUAGUGCCAUUUUGGCACACUUCAUGCUGAAGGAACGGAUUCAGAGAUUAGGUGUGGUGGGAUGCGUUUGCUGCAUUGUGGGGUCUGUUGUGAUUGUAAUACAUGCGCCCGAAGAACAUACCCCAGACUCGGUUCAAGAAAUAUGGGACCUUGCCACCCAGCCAGGAUUUGUAGUGUAUGUGGUGGCUGCAUUGUUGACUAUUGUAGCGCUUAUUUUUCACUUUGAACCUCGAUAUGGCCAGACAAAUAUACUGGUUUACUUGGGAAUUUGCUCCUUAAUGGGCUCACUAACGGUCGUGAGUGUAAAGGCGAUAGGGAUUUCCAUAAAACUCACAUUGGAUGGAAUAAGUCAAAUUGCUUAUCCUCAGACUUGGUUUUUUCCAACUGUGGCAGUAAUAUGUGUUAUUACUCAAUUGAAUUACCUUAACAAGGCAUUGGAUACAUUCAAUGCUGCAAUUGUUUCUCCAAUAUACUAUGUGAUGUUCACGACACUCACCAUUGUAGCGAGCGUUAUCAUGUUCAGGGAUUGGUCUGGUCAGGAUGCAAGCAGCAUUGCCUCUGAGAUAUGUGGAUUCAUUACUGUUCUUUCAGGAACUAUAAUUCUUCAUGGAACAAGGGAACAAGAACCUUCUGCUCCAGGAGGAAUACCAUGGUUUAGUGGAGACAAAAUCAAGGCCAUUGAUGAUUCACAUCUUCUCACAUUGGAUAAUUCUGGUUAUGAAAAGCUUGAUCAUUCUCUCCCUUGAAACCGGUAUGAUGCCCCUGGGAAUUCUUCUUAUGAUAACAUUUUCUAGGAUUGUCUUAGAAGGACCGACAUAGAUAGGUAACUGUAACACAGAAACUGAUUGUUAUGAGUAAAAUAGAUUAAUCAAACUUGAAAUCUUUUAGUUCAAGAUUUGUGCAUAUACAAUUUUUUUUAUAUCUUGAUUCCUA